GAGGUUAGAGGUAAAAAUAGAAGUAGAGUGAGAAAAAGGAACGCCCCGAAAGAAAAACGGAUAGAAAUGACAGGAAGGGAGAGUAUGACGAGGACCGAACAAAGGGCGGAGGAAAAGGACUGGAUAAAAGAAGUUAUAAAGGAAAUAAGGGAGGUAGGACAGAAGAUAGAGAGGCAGACCAGAGAAAUGAAGAAAGAAAUGAAAGAGAUGAGAAGACAAAUGGAAGGGCUGGAGAAACGACAAAGGAAGAUCGAAAAGAGCGAGGAGCAGGAAGAGACAGAGGAAAGAGAUUCGGAUGAGAGCAGUGAACGAUGGGAGGAAGAGACGGAAGAGGCGAGGGAGUGCAGCGACGGAGCGGUAAAGGGGAAGAAGGCAGUAGAAGAGGAAGAAGAGUGCGGCGUCGAGGGAUGGAACGAGGGAGUAUGGAAAGAAAGCUGGUGGAAAGAGAUAGAGAAAGAAGAAGAAAGGGAAAAGGAGAAAAGGAAGUGGAAGGAAGAUGCAAAAAGAAAAGAGGUCAGAAAGAGUGAUGAUGAAUUAAAUAAAAGAGAAGAGGAAAGAGACUAUAAAGAAAGGAGUGAGGCCAGAGGAGACAAAAACGAGAGAAAAGUCAGAAGCAAAGAAGAAGAAAGUAAAAGCGAGAAAGAAAAGGCACGACGAACAGCAGAAGACAUGGAGGAGGAUCUGGAGGAAGAAGAGGACAAGGAAGAAAUAAUUGAAAAAAGCGACGAAAUAUGGAGAAGAUGGGAAGUAGGUGUAGAUGAGGAACUAACAAUGGAAGAGAGGGCGUAUAGACACAAAUUGGUAAUUAAAGCAAGAGAGGAAAGAGCGAUAGGAAGAUCAGCUGUAGUAACAAAUAGAAGGCUGUGGAUUGACGGGAAAGAGGUAAAAUGGGACGAAAAGGGAGAGAGAUGGAGGAGGAUGUAA